GAGGGGGAGCGGGAACCGCCGGCCCGGCCCGACCCGCGCGAGGCCCCUCAGAGCGCGGACUGUGAGGUUGCUGUGUUUUCUGUCAAAAUGAAUGGAGAAGAGGAAACAUGGAAAGAGCUGGAUGCCGAAUUUGAUCGCUGCAUUGUGGAUGUGAAGCCUCACAUACUAAAGCUGCAGCAUAGGUCAGAACGCCAGAGGUGUGCUCUGUGGGUUAAAAAACUGUGUGAGCCCUCAGGAGCGGGUACAGGAAUAGCGGGAAGGAAGAAUCGGAACUCAUAUGCAAAACUUUUGCUCCACAUGCUGAAACGAGGAGUGCUAGAAGAUCCUUUUACACAUGAACCAGAACCAGGAAUGCUGAAAACAUUACCUUCAUACAUGUUAAUUUAUUUUGAUGAACCAAAUUCAACAAGAAUUCAAAGUAGUAGCCCAGACUACCUGCCUGACUGGGUGAUGGGAGAGUUAGGAGAAGGUGGAUCCGUGCAUGAGGAAUUGUGGACUUUAUCUUCUAAAGAAGAGUCAUCUUCAACAACAGCAGUUACAUAUGAAGAGAGAUUCAAGUACGAUGGGAAGCCAACACUGAGAUCACAGUCUGUGAGUCCUCUUCUCCAGAAUGAUGGUGAUGACCUAGCAGCACCUCUGCCUGACCAUCAUCAUAAGAAAACUAUUUCUGUGGAUGACAGUGACCUUGAUGCACGUCUCAGUAGUUGGAAUCUUGGGCUUGAAAAUCCAAGAUAUUUACGGGAAAAACCAAUCCCAGUGUCUUUGAAGACAUCCAAAAUUGGCCUAGGAAAAGGUAGCAGUUUCCAGGAAGACCCAGCACUGUUUCGAAUGCACGAGAAGGAGCUAGACAUGAAAAUGAAAAUGAUGGAAGGUAAAUUUCAUGAAGAAAGACUUCAAUUACAGCAGAAGCAUGAUUCUAAUGUUCAAAAGAUUUUGGAUCGGAAGAAUGAUGAAAUAGAGUUGCUGAAAUCCCUCCACAAAUCCAAACAAAAUGAAGCCGAGGAGACAAUUAGAAAACUGGAGAAGAAAGUUCAGACCCUACUCCGUGAGUCACAAGUCAUCAGAGAAGCAAUGGAAAAGCAGAUUGUAGAGUUAAAGAAGAUGUGUGAGAAAAGCACUGAGUCUUUGAACAAUGAGUGGGAGAAAAGGCUUCACAAUGCUGUGGCCGAAAUGGAAAAGGAGAAGUUCAGUAUUAGGAAGAAGCACGCAGAAGACAUGAGGGACCUGCUUGAGGUCACCAAUGCUCGUCUUAGCAAAAUGGAGGAGGAUUAUAUGGAUCAAAUAGAGUCAACUAACCAGACAGUCAAAAAUCUGGAGGCUCGAGUGCAACAGUUGAUGGUUGAGGCUGAAAACAGUAAUUUACAGCGUCAGAAGUUAUCCCAGGAAAAGACCGAAGCAGAACAAUGUUACCAGGCAGUAUGCUCUGAACUUCAGGAAAUGAAGGCAAGGCACAAGUUGUUUCUGGAAGGCAAGGACCGUAUUGUACAGGAAUAUGAGGAGAGCAUUCAGCAACUACAAAGUAAAUAUGAUGUUGAUAUAAAUGUUAUGAAGCAGGAGCAUGCUCUCUCUACAGCUAAGGCAUCUGAUGUGAUUGAGGAGUUACAGCAUAGUGUGUGUCUAUUAAAACAACAGUUACAAGCUUCAGAACAUCAAAGAGAGCAGCAACUGAGGGAUCAAGACCAUAAACUUCAACAAGACAAGCUUCGCUUGGAGACUGUAUAUGAAAAGCAGAUUCUUGGCAUCCAGAAUGAUCUUGAUAAAGAAAGAGGGGAUGCCCAGAAGAAAAUUCACAAGCUGGAGGAGACUUUGAAGGAGAAGGAGGAGCAGCUGACUCGGGUGACAGAGGUACAGAGGCUGCAGGCCCAGCAGGCAGAUGCUGCCCUAGAGGAGUUUAAGCGGCAGGUGGAGCUGAACUCAGAAAAAGUCUAUGCUGAAAUGAAACAGCAGAUGGAAAAGGUUGAAGCAGAUCUAAGCAGAUCAAAAGUGCUCCGGGAAAAGCAAUCCAAAGAAUUCUCCUGGCAACUGGAAGAGCUCAAGCAGAGAUACGAGCAGCAGAUAGUGGAGCUGAAGCUGGAGCAUGAACAGGAGAAGACGCACCUAUUCCAGCAGCACAACGCAGAGAAGGACUGCCUGGUCCGACACCACGAACGGGAAAUCGAGAAGCUGGAGAAGCAGAGUCGCGCUGCCAUGGCAGAGCACGAGAGCAAAACUCAGGAAUGCAGGAAGCGAGACGGGCAGGUUAUCUGUGAUCUGGAAAACCAAAUCCACAAGCUGACGGAAGAGCUCAUUCAGGUGAAAGCUCAGCAGAAGCAGCAGCUGAUGGAGCUGAGCCUUCAGAGGGAGCAAGAGAGGCAGAGGGCAGCGCGAGAUCACAGGGCAGCGGUCAGUCAGCUGAAAGCAGAGACCGAAAGGAUGGUGCAGGACCUGAAGAAGGUGCAUGCUGCAGAGACAGAGAAGGCCUUGGACAAGGCCAACGGCCGACUGAAGCAGAUGGAGAAAGAGUGCAGCCAGAAGCUGGCCAAGUCCUCGCAGAUCAUAGCUGAACUUAAGACAACCAUUUCCUCUCUGACAGAAGAGAACAGCCAGCAGCAGCUCGCUGCAGAGCAGCGGCUCCAGGAAGUUGUACAACAGUUUGAAGAUAAGAAGCAGCAGCUGAUUACAGAUAAUAACAGAGCAAUCAAGACCCUACAAGAUGAAGCGGAGCGUUCCCGCAUCCAGGCACGGGCUGCAGAGAAGAAGCUACAGCGCAGGGAGCUGGAGACCCACGAGCAGGUGACCCAUAUACGACAAGAAUAUGAAACCAAACUCAAAACUCUAAUGCCAGCAUCUUUGAGGCAGGAACUUGAAGACACCAUUGUAUCUUUAAAAUCUCAGGUAAAUAUUCUGCAGAAAAGAGCCUCCGUCCAGCAGGAAGAGCUGAACGCCUACCCCACCAGGAGGUAGCUGCUGGAGCUGUUGGAUUUCUUUGAUCGCCAAAUGGACUGCUUUCAAUAGGUUUGAAGAUUUGGCUCUUGUAAAUUAAAAUGCAAAGAUCAGUGGCUGUUUUAUUAGCACACAAAGUGCAAUGAAAUUCAUGAAAACAUAUCCAUUGCUCAUGCCAGAAUUUUUUUUUUAGUUGUACCUUGCUUCCUUCCAUUAUUUUUUUAUCAUCAUCUCAUCACAGACUUACACUUCCAAUAUACUGUGUUGAUUCUGCUUGCUUUCCAAGAGGAAGUUUCCUCUACUAACAUUUUGUUACUACUUCCUCGUACCAUUCUUUUCACUCUUAUACAUGAAGAAAAUCCCAUUUUCUAUUAUUAAUGUCCAAGAUUUUUUAACAAAUUUGACAUCGUUUUGCGUCCAUGUGUUUACAUAAGAUUAAAAUAUUAUUUU